AAAAUCUCCACUCGAGGCUGCUCUCCGGUCUCCGCCUAUAAAAGCUAACCCUAGGUUAGGGUCCGUUCGUGUCCUCUCUCUGUUCAUCCGUUCCCCACCACGCGCCGUUUUCACUAGGGUUUCCUCCGCCGACCGCUCCAGCCGCCGCCAUGCCUCGCCGCAGCUCAGGAAGGUCAGCACCACGGCCUGCGCCGCGUGCUGCUCCAGUGAGAAACCCACCACAGCCAGUGCGCCAGGCUCCUCCCCCUGCUCCUACUCAGAGCGGAAGUGGUUCCAUUCUUGGAGGAAUUGGGUCCACGAUUGCACAAGGCAUGGCAUUUGGUACUGGCAGUGCCAUGGCACAUAGAGCUGUCGACGCUGUGAUGGGUCCCCGAACCAUUCAGCAUGAGACUGUUGUCUCGGAGGCUGCUGCUGCUCCGAUGAGCAACACUGAUUCUUGCAACAUCCACUCUAAGGCCUUCCAAGAUUGUAUCAACAACUACGGAAGCGACAUCAGCAAGUGCCAGUUCUAUCUUGACAUGUUGAACGAGUGCCGCCGGGGAGCAGGUGCUUCUGCUUAAAGAGCUGCUGCUUCACUGGAGUUGAUUGAUUGGGUUUUUUUUUUUACUCAUGAUAUCAUUAAUAAGAGUGGAUGAAACUAUGAACUACUGCACAACUUGUCUGUACCGUGACAUUAUCACCGGUGCGUGUUAGGUUGUGGUUAUGUUCUGUUAUCCUGGGAGUAGUACAUUCUAUCCUUACUGAACAACCAUUCUUGAUAAUUGCGAUUAUAAAUGUUGAUAUUAAUCUGUUGUUCUUGGACUA